AACCAGGGGCUGUGGCAACCCUGGAGGGAGCAGCCGCCUCCGAUGGCCCGAGGGCGGCCGGCCACGCCCCGCCGCUAUAAAAGGGAGCAGCUGCGGCUCAGCGGCACAUCCUGCCAACUGUUUCCCAGACACCCGGUGGCACGGACAAACCCUCGAGCACCAUGCUGACGGAGCUGGAGAGCGCCAUGAACAACUUCAUCGACAUCUUCCACAGGUACUCCCUGGAGAAGGGCAACUACCACGCCCUCUACAGGGACGACCUGAAGAAGCUGCUGGAGGCCGAGUGUCCUCAGUACAUGAAGAAGAAGGAUGCGGACACCUGGUUCAAAGAGCUGGAUGUCAACAAAGACAGCGCCGUCAACUUCGAGGAGUUCCUGGCGCUGGUGGUGAAGGUGGGCGUGGCGGCCCACGAGGACAUCCACAAGGAGGACCACAACGAGUAGCACAGAUGGCCGGCCCCGGGCUGUCCCUGGAGGAGAAUAAAGGAGUUGAUACCUCA